GUCCGCCGAGCCAUGUCGUUGAGCCCCAAGCACACGACGCCCUUCUCCGUGUCCGACAUCCUGAGCCCCAUCGAGGAGACCUAUAAGAAGUUCGGCGGCGUCAUGGACGGCGCGCCGCCCGGUCUGGGGACGCCCCUGGGGGCCGCCGCCUACCGCGCGCCGCCGCCCGGCCCCUCCUCGCAGGCUGCGGCCGUGGCGGGCAUGCAGCCGGCCCACGCCAUGGCGGGACACAACGCGGCCGCGGCGGCCGCGGCGGCGGCGGCAGCGGCGGCGGCGGCCGCUACUUACCACAUGCCGCCGGGCGUCUCGCAGUUCCCGCACAGCGCCAUGGGCAGCUACUGCAACGGCGGCCUGGGCAACAUGGGUGAGCUGCCCGCCUACACGGACGGCAUGCGGGGCGGCGCGGCAGCCGCGGCCACCGGCUGGUACGGCGCCAACACGGACCCGCGCUACUCGUCAAUCUCCAGGUUCAUGGGGCCGUCGGCGGGCGUGAACGUGGCCGGCAUGGGUUCGCUGACCGGCAUCGCGGACGCCGCCAAGUCGCUCGCGCCACUGCACGCGGCCGCGCCGCGAAGGAAGCGCCGAGUGCUCUUCUCGCAAGCGCAGGUCUACGAGCUGGAGCGGCGCUUCAAGCAGCAGAAGUACCUGUCGGCGCCCGAGCGCGAGCACCUGGCCAGCAUGAUCCACCUGACGCCCACACAGGUCAAGAUCUGGUUCCAGAACCAUCGUUACAAGAUGAAGCGACAGGCCAAGGACAAGGCGGCGCAGCAGCUGCAACAGGAGGGCGGCUUGGGCCCCCCGCCGCCUCCGCCGCCGCCGUCGCCUCGCCGCGUGGCCGUACCCGUGCUAGUGAAGGACGGCAAGCCUUGCCAGAACGGCGCGGGCACCCCGACGCCCGGCCAGGGAGGCCAGCAGCCGCAGGCCCCGACGCCCGGCCCGGAGCUGGAGGAGCUGUCGCCCAGUCCGCCCGCGCUGCACGGUCCCGGGGGUGGCUUAGCGGCUCUGGACGCGGCUACCGGGGACUACGGCGGAGGCGUCCUCGGCGCCAACCUGCUCUAUGGCAGGACGUGGUGA